AUGAACCCAGUUGCGUAUCUCGAGGGACAGAAUAUAAAGCUAGGACCAAGCUUUAAUAAGUGGCGCAUCGAGAACAAUUACAAGACGCUCCGCGCUUUCAUGGACGACGAGAAGAGGUACAGAGUGGUCCCAGGUGCUGACUUCAAAUGUGGCUGGACCGACAGUAAUGGAAAAGCGCGGCCUAUUCCGAAAAACGGCGAUAUGCGAGUGUCGGGCUACACGCACGACGGACCGUGCGAGGUGUGGCUCGACGACAAGAUGGUAGCCCAAGGUGAUAAUUGUCAUAACAACUUUCCUGCCAAAAAACACUGUAUCGACUAUUCGUCGUGCAAGGGUACGUGCGUACUGCAUUGGUACUGGCUGGCUGAGCGCUUUGUAAAGAACAAGCAUUCGUGGCAGGUGUACAAAGCUUGUGUCCCUCUGACGACUGGAGGCCAGCCAGUGGCACCUCCUAAAUGCAACUCAUAG